AUGGACUUCUCGUACUUCACCUCAGCCCCGCAGCCCUACCAGUUCUUUGGCUUGCCUCACACCCCUUCCACCACACAAACAAGUCAUCUGGACGAGUUCAGGACCGCUCCUCCUACUGAUCAAUAUGACGCCGCCUUCGCGGCAUUUCAGCAAAGUUUCCACUAUGACCCUGCCACGUUUCUCGCCCAGCCGCAUCAGGCGCCCACUCAAUCUCCAGCGAUCCAGGGACGCCAUGACUCGAUGGUGUCCAUGCCAGAAGUGGAUAUGACAAGUCUCACUGCACCUGCAGUCGACGUGACGACUGAUGAACCUACGGUAGCAAGAAGCAGCAGCGAAGAGAAGGACACCUUGACACCCCAGCAAAGCCGCAGGAAGGCACAAAACAGAGCUGCCCAACGAGCGUUUCGAGAGCGCAAGGAGAAACACGUGAAGGAUCUCGAGGCGAAGUUGACAAGUCUGCAACACCAGUCGGUGACCCUGAACGGCGAAAACGAAAGGUUGCGGCGUGAGCUCGCGAAAAUUGCAACCGAGAAUGAGAUCCUUCGCGCUACAUCUGGUGCGGCGUCGAAUGGUCCGACACCGUUUCUGGAAGAGCCAGAUGAGUUGGUCGGGCCGUUGGGGUAUGUCCCCACCGAUCGACAUUCGAAAGACCGCUCUCCGGCUAGCAGCAGUGGUUCAUCCUUCGACAUGAGCUCCAAAUACGCCCACUUUGGCACAUUAAGGACUAUCACGGUGGACAAUGACACUGGAGAACCUUUACUUGGGGCCGGCGCCACCUGGGACUACAUUCAAGCCCACGAACUCUUCCGCAAGGGUCUGGUGGACGUCGGCGAUGUCUGUGAGCGCUUGAAAAAGAUGGCGAGAUGCGACGGCCAGGGGCCCAUCUUCCUCGAAAGUGAUGUUCGGAUGGCGAUUGCUGAGAGCGCCGUCGCCGGAGGGCGUGAUGAGCUGAUAUGA